AUGUCGUGCAGGACCUUGAUCACCCUCGCGACCGUCCUCCUGGCGUCGCUGGUGGCUCUCUUCCCAAUCGUUGCCCAAGCCAACGAUUGCAAACCUGUCAAGUUCGACGCCGGCGAACCACGCCGAGCUCCCACAAACAUGCCCGCCGACGCCAAUGUCCUCCAGGCGGUCAACAUGACCGACUUUGCCGCCGAGCUCAGGGCCGCUGGCUGGGGUAAGCUACACCUGGGUUAUGACAGCUUCCUUCGAGAUAAUGCCAAGUUCGACCGCAACGAGGUGGCCAGCUAUGCGGAGCCCGGCCACCACCAGGGCUACCCCGAUGAUAACUCAGUGUGGUGUGUGGACUCUGGUGCCAAUCAAAACACGUUUGGCCGCGCAGACGCCAUCGAGCAGAUGGGCCGGUUCUGCGGGCCCGGGAGCCCGCUCUACGGCAAGGUGCUCAAGGGCCCGCUCACGGUGCAGCUUCGCAUCCAAACGGUGCCCACCAGCGAGACGCCCAAGCCGCAGGAAGAUACAAGGAAUUGGUACUGGAUGAGCUGGGGCCUGUACGUCGAGGAUGGGUGCGAAUGGGUGCACGACGAGGAGGAGUGCAUCAAGUACAUGCACGUGCCGGUUGAUGCUUGCAGUUGCUGGUUCGAGAACGGAAAAAAAAGGAGGGGCGGUGAUGAAUCGGUGUUAUGCGUUUUGGGUCUGGAUGAUGCCUGCAUGGACAACAUAUGCUAA